AUGUUUUUAUUCGAUAUUUAUAAUAAUAUUCUCUUUUAUUUAAAAGAGUUUAUUGUUACAACUACCAGUCCAAAUUUAUUUAUUCAUGGUAUGAUGGCAGUUUUCAUUAUUUAUCUUUUAACAAAGAGACCAUUUAAACCAAGACAAAAUGACAAGCUCUCCAAAGCUGAAGAAGAAGAGUUAAUUCGUGAAUGGACUCCAACUCCAUUAACACCAAAAUCAAAUCCAUUAGAAGUUUUAAACCAAAAAGAAUUAGUUAUUCAAAGCUCAACUUCAACUCAUGUUACUGUCGAUAACAAAGAGUUAUUAAAUCUUGCAAGAGCAAACUAUUUAGGUUUUAUUGGUAAUGAUGAAAUUAAUAAAGUUUCAGAAAAAACUGUUAGAAAAUAUGGUGUUGGUUCAUGUGGUCCAAGAGGUUUUUAUGGUACAAUCGAUGUUCAUUUAGAGCUUGAAAAGAGAACUGCAGAAUUUAUGAAAACUCCAGAAACAGUUUUAUAUUCAUCAGCAUAUGCCACUAUUUCAUCUGCUAUCCCAUCAUUCUCUAAAAUUGGUGAUAUUAUCAUUGUCGAUAGAGGUGUAUCACAACCAGUACAAGUUGGUGUAACAUUAUCACGUAGUAGAAUUUUUUAUUUCAAUCAUAACGAUAUGGAUGAUCUCCAAAGAGUUUUAGAACAAACUCAAUUCACUGGUUCAAAAGCUAAAAUCGUCAGAAAAUUCGUUGUCAUCGAAGGUCUUUAUUAUAAUUCAGGUACAAUUGCUCCACUCCCACAAAUCUUAAAAUUCAAAGAACAAUAUAAAUUUAGAUUAAUUAUGGAUGAAUCUCAUUCAAUUGGUGUUUUGGGUUCAACUGGUAGAGGUAUUACUGAACAUUAUGGUGUAGAUGUCAAUAGCGUCGAUAUUUUAACAGGUUCAUAUGGUAAUGCCUUUGGUUCAGGUGGUGGUUUCUGUUGCGGUGCUCCAGAAGUAGUAUACCAUCAAAGAUUAAAUGGUGUUGGUUAUGUAUUCUCUGCAUCAUUACCACCAUUCCUUGCUACAUCUGCUACUACCGCAAUUACUAUGUUGGAUGAAGACAAUUCCAUCUUAGAAAGACUUCACGAGAAUAUUAACCACUUCUACAAAGGUCUCUCUGACUUGAAAGGUUUAGAAAUUACCUCUUUACCAAUUUCACCAGUCAUUCAUCUUUCACUCGACUCCAAAUCUACUAGAAAUAAUAGAAUCGAAGAUGAAAUGGUUCUUGAAAAAAUUGUUAACAAAGCUAUGGAAAGUGGUAUCCUCCUUACCAGAGCUAAAUAUGUUGCUGCCGAAAAAUUCAUUCCAAAACCAUCAAUUCGUGUCUCCGUAAACUCCUUACUCUCUAAAGAACAAAUUAAUCAAUCAAUUCAAAUUAUUAAACAAUGCACAUCUUCAGUACUUUAA